CGUCUAGUCCGGAUUUUGGAGUGCACGUGUGAGGAAAUGGCGGAUUAUGAUGAGAAAUGCGAUGAUUGUUCAUUUGAUUAUAGUGAGGAUAAACAAAAGGGUGUUUGUUUGAUAAAAGAAGAAUUUAUUAUUGAAGAUCACUUAAGACAGUUGAAUGAGCAAUGUGUGACAGGAAUUGGUAAGCAAAAAGUAUUUGCAGAUGCAGACGCAAAUGAGACAGAAGAUACAUUAUUGGAUGACGUCCCUGCUAAGAAACCCAAAUUGGAUGACAAGAAAGAAAAGCUUAGAGGUCAAAAUAAGGCAAGACCACCUCCGUUUAAGGUUUCUAGGGAAUUGAGUUUGUGUCCUUGGAUCGCAGAUCAAACAGCAGAUGAAUCUGAGAGAAAAUGUCUGAACAAUCGCUGUAUCUUCUUGCAUGAUCGGAAGGAAUACAUGAAAAUCAGGCCGGCAGACAUAAGUUCGGAAUGCCAUAUUUUCAAUUUAACUGGCAAGUGCCCGAGAGGAAUUACUUGUAGAAUGGGCUCACAACACUUGACUAAGGAUGGCUUUAACAUUGUUGAUGAGGAGAGAUUCAAGGAAUACAACAAGCGUUUGCCAGCUGUCAAGAAUCACCUAUCCAAGGACUUACAAAACAAAUUGCGCAAGCGUAAAUAUAAUUUUUCCAAGGCAGAGAUGAUUGUCAAAGCUAAUGGACCAUCCAGGAAAAAACAGCAGCAGAGCUCAAUAAAUAAAGUAGAGGACAAGACUAAUCCGGCAUUAAACGUUGCGAUUAAUACUUCCGACAGUAGCAAUGGCAAAAAAGCAGAGAAAGAUAUUUCUGACGACACAAAUGAUGAGAAAACAGAAGUAGAUACUUCUAGCUGUGAUAUUUCAGACGAAGGAAUUGAAAAGUCAAAGGAAUUGAAAAUUGGACCUGUAGAUGACAGUGAUUUGAUUAGAUUACGACAAUCGGAAAAAAGAAUUGACUGGAGCGGCAAGAUACUGUUGAGUCCUUUGACUACAGUGGGCAAUUUGCCGUUUCGAAGAAUUUGCAAGGAAUACGGCGCAGAUAUCACUUGUGGUGAGAUGGCACUAGCACCGAAGAUACUGAAGGGCACACAGGAGGAAUGGGCGUUAGUGAAGCGACACGAGAGCGAGGAUAUCUUCGGCGUGCAGCUUUGCGGCAAUAAUCCGGGAGUACUUGCGCGAUGCGCUCAGCUGCUGAACCAUGAGAUCGACGUGGACUACAUCGAUUUGAAUCUUGGCUGCCCGAUCGAUCUGAUUUAUAGACAGGGAGGCGGCAGUGGUAUGCUCAAUCGAUUGAACGUACUCGAGACCGUGGUAAAAUCUGUUAGCCAAGUGUUGGACAUACCCUUGUCCGUUAAAACCAGAACUGGAGUCUAUAUAGACAAACCAAUCGCACAUAAUCUAAUGCCGAGGUUUCGAGACUGGGGUGUGUCCAUGAUUACUGUUCACGGUAGAUCCCGUGAGCAAAGGUACACAAAACUGGCUGAUUGGGAAUAUAUAGAGAAGUGUGCGGUGACAGCACAGCCAGUACCCGUGUUCGGGAAUGGCGAUAUCUUGUCCUUUGACGACUAUCGUCAUGCGAAAGAGACUUAUGGUACGGUGCAAGGCAUCACCAUCGGACGCGGAGCGUUGAUCAAGCCGUGGAUCUUCACCGAGAUAAAAGAAAGAAAGUUGAUCGACAUAUCGAGCUCGGAGAGAUUCGACAUUCUCAGGAAGUACGCGAAUUAUGGACUCGAACAUUGGGGAUCCGAUACUCGUGGUGUCGAAACUACUAGGAGAUUUAUGCUGGAGUGGAUUUCGUUUCUUCACAGGUAUAUUCCUGUUGGAAUUUUGGAGAGGCCGCCGCAGAGAAUCAAUGAGAGACCACCGUUCUAUAGAGGUCGCGAUGAUUUGGAGACACUGAUGGCUAGUUCCAAUUGUGCUGAUUGGGUGAAGUUAUCCGAGAUGUUACUCGGAAAAGUGCCUGACGGAUUCCAUUUCUUGCCAAAGCACAAGGCGAAUUCGUGGAAAUAAUCUACUGCAGAAAAAAAAUUUUAUCGAGAAGCGUUUCUCGAAAUAACUAACACGUUGUUGAUUUUUCACAAUAAAUGAUAUGUAAGAGAGAAGGAUCAUGAAAGCGAUGCUGAAAGCGA